CAACAUUAUUAUGGCCUCUCAGAGGGAUGCUGUCGCAUCAGACAUUUCGCGCGAUGGUAUCUCGAGUAGCUCUUCAGAUCUUGCCAUCAAGGAAGCUGCGACAGCCAUAGAUGUCGAAGGCGGUGAGGGUUCUUCUGUCUCGCAGGAGCUAGAGAGUGCUGCUCCGCCCCCGUAUACAGCCUUUCCUCGGUCACGGCAACUCUUUAUUGUAUUGAUUGCGACUGCCGCUGGCUUCUUUUCCCCAAUUUGCGGAGCAGUUUAUCUCCCCAGUUUGAUCCUCUUUGAGAAAAUCUUCCACACAACUAGUAGAGUCAUUAAUGCCUCCGUAACUGUUUACUGGGCCAUUUUUGGGAUUGCUCCACUUUUCGGAGCUGCAGCAAGUGACUACGGAGGAAGAAAGACCAUCUACAUUGUCUCCUUGGCUCUAUUCCUCGGGGCGAAUGCAUUAUUGGCAGCACUUCCGCCAAAUUUGGGCGCUUUGUUCACACUCAGAGUUUUCCAGGCUUUGGGAGCCUCUAUGGUCACUUCCGUAGGCGCGGGUACGGUAGCCGACGUCACUGAGCCAGCGAAACGAGCCUCUAGGAUGGGCAUAUUUCUUCUAGGGCCGCAAUUGGGUCCACUUUUGGGUCCAUUGAUUGGAGGGCAAUUUUCUGACGAAAGCCGAUGGAGGUGGAUUUUCGGGUUUCUCUCUGUCGCUUGCUUCCCGGUCUACGUCCUCAUUCUGUUCUUCCUCCCAGAGACGCUGCGAUGUCUUGUUGGCAAUGGUAGUAUCUACGCAGCUAAGAGCUGGAUUGUCAGACCUCGGCUUCGCCAAAAGCCAGUCGUGGAGGAUGGCGAAUUUCCGAAGCCACCGCGGCCAACGGUCAAAGGUUUUCUAAAAAUUCUUCUGUUUGUACCAAAUGGCAUCGUUAGUGUCGCGUCGGCAUUCAACUUUGCUGGCCUUUCUUCUAUUUACAUCGCGUUCCCCCGCGUAUGGCAGACGGAAUAUGGAUUUAGUGGUAGUGAGACUGGUUAUGCAUAUUUGGCCCCAGGUAUUACCCUCCUCUUUGCCUCGCUCAUCAUUGGUCGUUUGUCAGACCUGCAACAUCGGCGUUAUAAGGCGAAGAACAAUGGAGUAGCGCCACCACCUGAGCAACGGCUUGAAGGGCAAGUCUGGGCCUACCUGAUAGCGGCAGCUGGAAAGGCGAUGUUUGGGUGGUUUACUGAAAGGCAUUACCAUCCCAGUGCAGGGUUGGUCGCGAGUUCCUUGUCUGCUGUGGGAACAGGAAUUAUCAUGGUGCUUAGUACAAGCUACCAAACGGAAUGUAUGCCAAUGGCCGCUGCUUUGCUGGUUGCUUUAUCGGGGAUGCUUAGGAAUGUUGGAGCGGCAAUAUCGGCUGCAAUCAUCGCUAGCCUGAUCGAUAGUAUGGGAUACGGGUGGUUCUUUACUGGUCUUUCGAUUCUGGACUUGCUGUGUGUGGGUGGUCUGCUUUUCAUUCGUGUUCGUGGGCACGUAUAUCGCGCGAAGUUGUCUACGCCUCCAAAAUCUGAAGCAGCUGGGAUAACUACCGUAGGGAAGUGA